AUGGGCGCCACCCCGUUCCACCGAUCCAUCCUCGAGGUUCGGUUGCCGAAGCACUUCGACAAACCAACGGACAUGAGGUAUGAUGGAACCCAGGAUCCUCUGGAACACCUCACGGCCUUCGAGGCUAGAAUGAAUCUGGAGGGAGUAGGAGACGAGGUGAGGUGCUGCGCCUUCCCGGUCACCCUGGCAGGACCCGCGAUUCAGUGGUUUAACGGCCUCCCGCCCGGGGAGCCGACCAGGAAAUACUUGGACCGGUUCAACGAUGAAUGCUUAGAAAUCGACGGCUUAGCCGACUCGGUGGCCAGCCUUUGUCUGACGAACGGCCUCCUUAAUGAGGACUUCCGAAAACACCUCACCACAAAGCCGGUUUGGACGAUGCAUGAGAUCCAAACCGUAGCCAAGGAAUACAUAAAUGAUGAGGAAGUCAGCCAAGUCGUGGUUGCCAAUAAACGGCAGCCCUCCUACAAUCAACCCAGGCAACAAGGUAACGGAGAAAGACUGAAGGAGCAGGCCAGAGACGGAAGUUUGAGCAAGGCACCCAGACCGUUUUCCCGGGUUGGAAAAUUCACCAAUUACACCCCACUCACCCUCCCCAUCAUGGAAGUUUAUCAGCAAAUAGCCGAGAAAGGAAUCUUGUCGAAACCCCGACCACUCAAAGACCGCACCGGGGGAAACAAGAGCCUCUACUGUGAUUACCAUAAGGGCUAUGGGCACCAAACACAGGACUGCUUCGACUUGAAGGAUGCACUAGAACAAGCGAUAAGGGACGGCAAACUGAACGAAUUCUCCCAUCUUAUAAGGGAGCCGAGGAGACGACAUCGCGACCAGAAUGAGGAGGGCAAGACCCGAUCGGUGAAACGGCGACAAGAGCUAGAAGACAAUGACCAGAGACUCAUCGUGAUAAAUGUAGUAACCACCAAAAACACUGCGCAAGAUUGA